AUGGCAGGGCUGCAGAUGCGCCCGUUUGAUACACCCAUGGAAAUCGGAAUCCUCGAAUUUGCAGCCAAGCUCGCAGCAAAUAGCUUGGGUCGACUUGAAGAUAAUGGCAGUCAAAGCUUGCCCCUGGUUCAAAAUGGCCGCCAACCAAGCGACCGCAAAGUCGCCAGCGCAUUCUUGGUCGUCGACACCAUGGUCUUGAACUUCGGAUGGUAG